AGAGAGAGAGAGAAGAAAACUAAAAGAAAGAACGACCCUUUCGCCCGGUUCCUUUUGUGUUGAAGAUGGCGGCUCCGGAGGAUGAAUCUUCCGCUCAGUCUCAAUCUUCCUCUGCCGCUGCGGCUGCUCCCACUCCUCCUCCUCCCUCAUCCGCAGGGGAUCAUUACCUCGCUAAGUGCGUCCUCCGCCCCAGCGUCGUUCUCCAGGUUGCCUAUGGCUAUUUCCGCUCUCGCUCCUCCCGCGACAUAGUUUUCGGCAAGGAGACCUGCAUAGAGUUGGCGGUUAUCGGUGAAGACGGGGUUGUUGAAUCGGUGUGUGAACAGAAUGUAUUUGGAACUAUUAAGGAUUUGGCUGUUAUACCUCAGAGUAAUAAACCGUACUCAAAUAGUUUUCAGAUGGGUAAAGACCUUUUGGCUGUUCUUUCUGAUUCUGGAAAGCUCUCAUUUCUCUCAUUUAGCAAUGAAAUGCACAGGUUCUCGCCGAUACAACAUGUUCAACUUUCUAGUCCAGGAAAUUCGAGGGAUCAACUUGGAAGAAUGCUCACUGUAGAUUCUAGCGGACUUUUUCUUGCUGUCAGUGCAUAUCAUGAUCGCUUUGCGCUAUUUUCCCUCUCAACAUCGUCUAUGGCUGAUAUUAUUCUUAAGAGGAUAUUUUAUCCUUCUGAAGACGGAGGGAAGGCUAGCUCUGAACAAGCAGUAUCUGGUACUAUUUGGAGCAUGUGUUUCAUUUCUAAAGGUUUUAAUGAGUCCAUGGAUUAUGAUCCUGUUCUUGCCAUCGUUUUAAAUAGGAAAGGGUCUCUCCUGAAUGAGCUGGUUUUGUUUAGAUGGAAUGUCAAAGAGGAAUCCAUAUGUUUAAUAUCAGAGUAUGUUGAAGCUGGGGCUCUAGCACAUAGUAUUGUCGAAGUUCCUCACUCCUCUGGAUUCGCCUUUCUGUUAAGGAUGGGUGAUGCGCUCUUAAUGGAUCUUAGAGAUCCUCAGAACCCUUGCUGUUUGGUUAGGACGUCCUUAGAUCUUGUUCCUGCAUCAUUAGUGGAAGAGCAGUUUCUUGAAGAGUCGUGUAGAGUACAAGAUGGAGACGAUGAGGGCCUUUUUAAUGUUGCCGCAUGUGCUUUGUUAGAGCUAAGGGAUUAUGAUCCCAUGUUCAUUGAUAAUGAAAGUGACAAUGGAAAGUUGAGCUCCAAGCAUGUCUCUUCAUGGACUUGGGAGCCGCCGGAACAUAAUCACAAUCCCCGGAUGAUUAUUUGCUUAGAUGAUGGCGAAUUUUUCAUGUUUGAGCUCAUCUAUGAAGAUGAUGGGGUUAAAGUUAAUGUAUCAGAGUGUUUAUACAAAGGUCUACCGUGCAAGGAAAUAUUAUGGGUGGAAGGUGAGUUCCUGGCCACGUUCGCCGAAAUGGCUGAUGGAACGGUUUUCAAAGUGGGAACCGAGAAGCUACAUUGGAUGAGUUCCAUUCAAAAUAUAGCUCCGAUCUUGGAUUUCUCAGUUGUGGAUGACCAGAAUGAGAAAAGAGACCAAAUCUUUGCUUGCUGUGGCGUAACGCCUGAAGGCUCUUUAAGAAUUAUCCGUAGUGGCAUUAACGUAGAAAAACUUCUGAAAACCGCACCUGUUUAUCAAGGAAUCACUGGUACUUGGACUGUUAAAAUGAAGCUCACUGAUGUGUACCAUUCGUUUCUUGUUCUGUCGUUUGUUGAAGAGACAAGGGUCUUAUCAGUUGGAUUAAGUUUUAAAGAUGUCACCGAUUCAGUUGGUUUCCAGCCUGAUGUUUGCACCUUGGCGUGUGGACUCGUUGCCGAUGGUUUGUUGGUUCAGAUUCACCGAGAUGCAAUAAGGCUGUGCAUGCCCACCGUGGAUGCUCAUGUUGAUGGCAUUCCUGUUUCUUCACCGUUUUUCUCCUCUUGGUUUCCAGAAAAUGUCAGUAUCAGCUUGGGGGCAGUCGGUGAAAAUCUGAUAGUUGUGUCUACGUCUAACCCUUGUUUCCUGUCUAUUCUCGGAGUCAAAUCAGUAUCAUCUCAGUGCUGUGAAAUCUAUGAGAUUCAACGAGUAACAUUGCAGUAUGAAGUCUCCUGCAUCUCAGUUCCUCAAAAAUAUAUUGGAAAAAAGAGACCACGCGCUUGUGCCGUGGAUAAUAGUUGUAGUAAAGCUGCGAUUCCCUCUGGUAUGGAGCGAGGCUAUACGUUUCUGAUUGGCACACAUAAGCCUUCUGUUGAGGUCGUCUCCUUCUCAGAAGAAGAUGGUGGUGGUGUUCGAGUCCUUGCUUCUGGGAGGGUAUCGCUAACAAACACAAUGGGAACUGUUAUCAGUGGAUGUAUUCCUCAAGAUGUAAGACUCGUGUUAGUUGAUCAAGUUUAUGUCCUUUCUGGGUUAAGAAAUGGAAUGCUGCUACGUUUUGAGUGGCCUCCCUUUUCACAUUCAUCCGGUCACUGUAAAGAAGAGAUGGACAGUGUUGCGAGUGACCUUCUGUUAAUUGCCACCCGACGUAUCGGCAUCACACCUGUUUUUCUGGUUCCGCUCAGUGAUUCACUAGAUUCAGACAUCAUAGCUCUUAGUGACAGGGCAUGGUUGUUACAAACAGCUCGGCAAAGUCUUUCCUACACUUCCAUCUCAUUCCAACCUUCUACCCAUGCAACUCCUGUAUGCUCGCCUGAAUGCCCUCAAGGAAUUCUUUUUGUUGCAGAGAACUGUUUACAUCUGGUGGAGAUGGUGCACAGCAAACGGCUUAAUGCGCAAAAGUUUCACCUUGGAGGCACUCCGCGAAAGGUUAUCUACCAUAGUGAAAGCAAACUAUUGAUUGUGAUGAGAACUGAUUUGUAUGAUGCGUGUACGUCUGAUAUAUGCUGUGUGGACCCGCUCAGUGGGUCAGUGUUAUCAUCCUACAAGCUCAAACCUGGAGAAACUGGAAAGUCAAUGGAGCUUGUACGUGUGGGAAAUGAGCAGGUCCUUGUGGUUGGGACGAGUUUGUCUUUUGGUCCUGCUAUACUACCCAGUGGUGAAGCUGAAAGUACAAGAGGCCGAUUAAUCAUUCUCUGCUUAGAACACACUCACAACUCGGAUAGUGGUUCAAUGGCAAUCUGCUCAAAGGCUGGUUCAUCUUCCCAACGUACAUCGCCUUUUCGUGAUGUUGUGGGAUGCACAACAGAGCAACUAUCAAGCAGUAGUCUCUGCAGCAGUCCUGAUGAUAACAGCUAUGAUGGAAUCAAAAUUGAUGAAUCUGAAACAUGGCAUUUGAGAUUGGCCUGUGCAACAACUUGGCCUGGAAUGGUACUUGCCAUCUGUCCAUACCUUGAUCAUUUCUUCCUAGCGUCUGCUGGCAAUGCUUUCUAUGUAUGCGGCUUUCCGAACGAUAGUCCUGAGAGAAUGAAAAGGUUUGCAGUGGGAAGGACUCGUUUCAUGAUAACAUCUCUGCGCACAUACUUCACGAGAAUUGUUGUUGGGGAUUGCCGUGAUGGUGUUCUAUUCUAUUCUUAUCAUGAGGAUGUGAAGAAACUUCACCAAAUAUAUUGUGAUCCGGCGCAGCGGUUAGUUGGUGAUUGCUUUCUAAUGGAUGCCAAUUCUGUUGCUGUAUCUGAUCGCAAGGGGAGUAUAGCUAUCUUGUCUUGCAAAGAUCAUUCAGACUUUGAAUAUUCAAAUCCGGAGUCCAACCUGAAUCUAAACUGUGCUUAUCACAUGGGUGAGAUUGCCAUGGCUAUCAAAAAGGGUUGCAACAUUUACAAACUUCCAGCUGAUGAUGUGCUGCGAAGUUAUGGUCUUAGUAAAAGUAUUGACGCAGCUGAUGACACUAUCAUAGCUGGCACACUGUUGGGAAGUAUAUUCGUCUUUGCUCCUAUUUCAAGGGAGGAAUAUGAACUCCUAGAAGCUGUCCAAGCAAAGCUCGUGGUCCAUCCUCUGACUGCUCCUGUUCUUGGUAAUGAUCAUAAGGAGUUCAGAGGUCGAGAGAAUCCGUCCCAAGCGACAAAGAUUUUGGACGGAGACAUGCUUGCUCAGUUCUUGGAGCUUACAAAUAGACAGCAGGAGUCAGUUUUAUCGACACCUCAACCAUCGUCAAGCGCAUUAAAAGCAAUUUCAAAGCAAUGUUCUUCUCCGCCUCUCAUGCUACACCAAGUUGUACAAUUGCUCGAGCGUGUCCAUUACGCUCUCCACUAGUCAAUCCUCUUCUCAGCUCCCUUUCUCUCCGCAAGAUUGCAACUUAUAUUCCACGACCAACGGAUUCAAUGAUCCAAUCUGGGUGCAAAAGAGUUUGGAAAAAAACAUCCAGAGUCAUAGGAGUUGCCUUUGUGUUCUUGAGGGCAGUGAGUCUUAACGACUAAUCCUUAUUCUCUCCCUCUGAGACAUUUUGUGGAGGAGCAUACUUUCCCUAUGUACAGAAGUUGAGAUGUGGUUUCUUUUAAUGCCUAGGACUCGGUAUCAUUGUGUACAUAAAGAAUAAUAACCAAAUGUUUCUUCAUGUUAUGUUAAACUUUAAACAAAGGGAUAGAUAGACAAACUGAUUUGAUAAAAAAAAAAUAUAAAAAUAUUAGUUAUCUA